AUGUCCUCUUCACAAGAAUCAUCAUCCUCUUCUUCUACAACUAAUGAUGACCAAAUAUCAAGACUAGAGGAUAAUACAAUAUUGGAAUUGAGCAGAAUCUAUAAUAACAAUGAAACAAUAAUCAGAGAUUUAUUGAAAGAAAAUAAUAUUAUAUAUGACUUAAAUCAACAUCAUAAAAAAAUCAUUGAGUUAAUAAAAGAUUUUACUUCAGCAGAAUUAAAUGAAGAAGUGCCAGAUCAAGAAUCACAUGAAGAAGUGCCAAAUAUAGAGUUUCACACAAAGAAAUCCCAAAUAUAG